GGGUUCGCGAAGUCCCUGCAUUGUGCGGUGCGGUGCCUGCAUCAUUGACCCAGGAACCAGGCAAAGGCUUCCCCAGAUCCCGUCUUAGAUCGGUUCUACUUGCAAUGCGCUCCAAUGAGCGUCCAGAAGUUAAGUGGCGCCUUUCUGUCUGUCCUCCUUCGCCUCAUCUAUAACACGUUCGUGUGACCUUUCGGCCCCCUUUCAAUUGAUUGAUCCUCACCAUGUCCAAACCUCGGGUUUUAUACUGGUUUCGGACCGAUCUGCGCCUCCACGACUCCCCGGCGUUGAAAGCAGCCUUGGAUUUGCAGCCUGAAGUACUCUACCCGAUCUGGUGUUGGGACCCGCAUUACGUCUACCACGCGCGUGUCGGAAACAACCGCUGGCAGUUCCUGAUUGAUUGUAUGAACGAUGUCUCUAGGAGCAUUACGAACUUGAACCCGAACAGCAAGCUGUUUGUCUUGCGCGAGCCAGCUGUCACGCUACUUUCCAAAUUGUUCACAGCGUGGAGGAUCACGCAUAUAGUGUUUGAGAAAGACACUGAUGCGUAUGCCAGAGAGCGGGACAAGCAGGUCGUUGAGUCUGCGAGGAAGGCUGGCGUGGAAGUCAUCGUAAAGUCCGGUCGGACACUGUGGGAUAGCGAUGAUAUUGUCAAAGCACACAAUGGAAAGCCAACCAUGAGUAUCAGCCAGUUGCAGUCCGCUGGGUCAAAAGUGGGCGAUAUAGCGCUCCCAAUCGAGCCACCGAAAAGUAUACCCAACCCUGGAGAUACCAAUCUUGACAUCAAACAGGAGCGACCGUCAAGUGAACCAGACAUCAACGAGCAAUAUCGCGACGCUGAUGAGGGAUCGUAUAGCUUUGGAAUAGCUGGUCCGAACGGCGACUACUCGGUGCCUACUCUGAAGGAGCUCGGCUUGAAGGCGGCAACCACUCCUCACCGCGGUGGCGAAAGCGUUGUAUUGGGGAAGCUUCACAUCAUACUCGCGGAUGAAGACUAUACCGGGACGUUCGAGAAGCCCAAGACUUCACCGGCUGCGUUCGAACCGCAAGCUACGUGCUUAACCUCACCGUACCUGCACUUCGGAGCCUUGAGCUGCCGCUACUUCUAUCAUAGAAUUGAGGAGAUUGUCGAGAGGCGCCGCAAGGCGAAGCGGCCUGUCUCCGAACCUCCAACGAGCCUUACUGGGCAGCUAUUAUUUCGUGAUAUGUACUUUGCCGCUCAAGCAGCGCUAGGUUACAGCUUCGGUCAGACGUACAACAAUGACCAUUGCCGCUUCAUACCCUGGCACCUACCGAGUAGAAUUGACGUGAGCACGAAACUCAUAACUGGAGACUACGAGGUCGACGAUGAAGUCAAGCAGAGGGAGUUCAUUCGGUGGCGUGAGGGCAAAACCGGCUUUCCGUGGAUAGACGCCAUUAUGCGCCAGCUGAAGUACGAAGGCUGGAUCCAUCACCUCGCUCGUCAUGCCGUGGCGUGCUUCCUGACACGGGGAGGUUGCUACAUCUCGUGGGAAAGAGGUGCUGAGGUGUUCGAAGAAUGGCUGAUUGACCACGAAGCAGCCUGCAAUAUCGGUAACUGGCAAUGGCUGUCAUGCACGGCAUUUUACUCGCAAUUCUACCGCUGUUAUAGUCCGAUCGCCUUUGGAAGGAAGUGGGAUGACAAUGGUGACUUUAUCCGGAAGUAUGUGCCCGAACUAAAGGACAUGCCAAAGAAAUACAUCUACGAGCCGCACAAAGCGCCAGUCCAGGACCAGAAGAAAGCAGGCGUGUUGAUCAAAGGUGAUGGAGAAGAAGAGGAGCGGGAUGGCACGAGAGUGUAUCCAAAGCCAAUGUUCGACUUCCCAACUCAGAGGGAGAUCUGCAUCCAGGGUAUGAAGGCGGCCUACCAUGUUGGCCUUCGUGGUAAGAGUCCGCAAGUGCUGGAUGGGACCUGGAAACGGCUUUUUGACGACCAUGCUGAAGGUCCGACCGAAGGUGGCCUUGGUGGGCCAGGCGGCAUGAUGAGCUUCGACAAUGUAGACGGAAUUGAGAUUAGGCACCGUGCACCAGCGACGCCGAAGAGAGGCGUCAAGAGAGAGGCUUCGGACGCGUCGCCAUCGAAGUCGGCCCACACGCGAGUCCGUGGUCAAAGCACGCUUGACGGUGCAUUCAGGAAGAAGAAACCCUAGAGUUGAGCGAACAGCUCGAUCAUGUUUCGAUCUCAACUUGUGGAUGCAUAAGAAGCGCUUUUGCUGGUUCCAGAAACCUGCUAGCGUUGCGUGACCGCAAUGACCGAGACG